AUGGCAACCCCAAUCUUCAGACGAGUCGUCCAUCGACAGCUAAGAUUGUUUCUCUCGCCCGGAUCUACCUUCUUCACUUCAUCAGGCAGACCCGACACCUCUGACGACACAACCGUCUUUCCGCCUUUGACAGCUGCGAGGGCUACAAAGGCGAUCGCUGUCGAGGACAUACACGUCCAGCACCCAAAGUCUGGAACGAUAUCAUCGACACUCAGUCCUUGA